AAUGUAAAACGUGCUAUAUAUGUAAGUUUUGGUACAUCCGUCGAGUGUUCAAUAUUUACUGAUAAGACGCUACAAAUACCAAUCAAUGUUUUUUCAAAAUUGCCAUAUGACAUUUAUUGGAAGUGGAAUAACGAAUUAUCUGGGCUACCUCAAAAUAUUAAGAUAUCGAAGUGGUUUCCCCAAUCAGAUCUUCUCCGACAUCCGAAUAUCAAAUUAUUUAUAACACAAGAAGGCCUGCAAUCUACUGAUGAAGCCAUAGCCGCUGCGGUACUUCUCGUAGGUCUGCCAAUAUUUUGGAACCAAUGGUUUAAUGUAAAUAAAUAUACUCAGCUGAAAAUUGGCUUAAAAUUAGACAUAGAAAAGAUUACGGAAGAUGAAUUAAAAAGUGCAAUUGAAACUGUAAACGGCGAUAAAGAAUAUUUGAAUAAUAUAAUGAAACUGUGGUCUAUAAUAUUCGAUUCCCCUCAAUCGUCUCUUGACCGCGCUGUUUUUUGGACUGAAUACGUUCUACGUCAUGGAGCUGAACUUCUCCGCGUCCCUUCGGCAAAUAUGUCUUGGAUUAUGAAAUUGAAAUUGUUUUAUACUUGGUAGUUAUAAUUAUUUUUGUCAUAUUAUUAUUAAUUGUUUCAAGAUGUAUUUUGAAAUAUGUUAUUAAGAAAUAUAAUUCAAGCAAAAUAAAAAUUCAUUAAAGAGAUAAAAAUU